AUGGUCGAACUCAUCAACCCACCCGAAACUCGCGAACUCCUCCCUCCCCUCCUCGCAUGCCUCCCACUAGCCUUCGUCUCGCCCCGCGCACCCCCAGCUCUGUUACCACUUCUCUCUCCUAUUCUGCGCCAACGAGUUGGAGUUCUCAGUUCGCUAUCCACAUCUUCCACUGAAUCAUGGCUGCAGCUACUGUGCUGGGAUGCUGGGAAAGCAGAGCGACUGCAGAGGGUCAUUGACGGCGCCACAUUUGAACCACACCCCGUAUCGGGCGAAAUCGAGCUUCCGGAUGAACUUCCGGUGACAUACAAACGGAUCGACGAUGAGACUCUCAAAGCACAAGUUCCACUUCCUGAAUACAGUUUGAUGGUGACGAGGAGGGGAGGUGGCCGUGGCUGGCGAGUCGCAGAACUCUUGCCACGUGAGGGACCUGCUGAGGAUGACGAUACCUGGGCUUCCUCCAUCAGUGAGGCCAAUGUUCAGGCAAAGGAUCAGCUCCUGAAUGAGACGCUGAAGGCUGCCGAGGAGGAGAAAACCCAGGAGAACGGCAUGGAGGAGGACGACGAUGACGAUGAUUACUGGGCUCAGUACGACUCCACACCUGGAGCUAAGACCCCCGCGCCACGUGCUGGUUCAUCAAAGACGGGUCCAUCUGGCUUAUCUGAGCAGUCCUAUUUCUCGCAGUACGGCGAUGUGCAGCCGGCUAUGGAUAAUCAUGAUCCCGCGGAGGAGCAACCUGAGGUUGGUCCGUCAUCGCUCAACGGAGAUAUGCUGGCCAAUCUCUUGCGACGACAGGUGAACGGAGUCAAUUUAGAAGACGAGCCUCGCACCAACGGAUAUUCCCCAGACCAUAUCCCCAGUGAUAAGGCCGCACAAGAUUUGAGCCACCCGCGGCCAGCCUCUGCCUCUUCCAAUAGCUCUCAUGCUAUUGCCAAACUAGAGCACGAGGCAGAGAGCCAGUCCACUUAUGAGGUGGGAGUGAAGCAACAUAUCGGUACGAGCAUCAAGAGUUUGUUCCGCUUGGCAAAGGCCACUGGAAUGCCCCGAGCGGAGUUCCAGGCUUUGGUCUCGAUGGAAUUGGAGCUUUUGAAUAUUACGGACGAUGAGUAA